CUGCUGUAUCGCCAACAACACGGUGGUCCCCCGACAGUGAGUGGUCUGGUCAAGACCACCAUGGCGGGCAGCACCAGCGACGGUAUUGGGCCUUCCAGUGGCCUGGCACCAGAAGGGGCAGGGUGGGGGAGCUUUUCGUUUGAAGAGGCGCGACAACAAGCGAUAGCUUCUUCUUCAGCCAUGUCGCGGCAUAUGCUUCAGCCGAGAGAUCUUGUUCUCCGCAUCAACAGCCACGUAGGAGCCUUGUCGAGGUGCUUCAGCCGAAGACCAGCGGACUGCGCCGUAGGACUUCCACGUUUCACCAGACCGGAGAAGGAUGUGGUUGUCCUGGAACUGGGGUCGGCCGCUGGUUGCUUGCUACUUUUGGCGGAACAGUGCAACGUGGAUCUGGGCCUCUCCGUCGACCUCAAGAUCAAGCUCAAUGCCAAGAAAUACCCUGCAGUUCUAGUCAGGGGCUCGGCAUUGAAGUACGACGCGUACAAGACGACGACAGGAUUCGCGAAAGGUUCGAAACAGGAUAUGACUGAAGGGGAUGAUGGAGACGACCACCUGUCGGGGUGCAAGGGUCGGGCCUGGCGUCCUUACAGCCUCCAGGAUCUGAGAUUACAACUACAGAACUUUUGUACCGAAAGGAAUUGGCAGAAGUUCCACACUCCGCGAAACAUCUGUUUAGCAUUAAUGGGAGAGACGGGAGAAUUGUCGGAGCUGUUCCAGUUUAAGGACGAAGACACUUGCUGCCAGGGCUUGCCUGCGUGGAGUCGGGAUGAUCGCGACAAACUCUCACAGGUGUGA